AUGCUGGCAUCCGAAUUGCCUUUUGAAAUCUUAUCCCAAAUUGCAAGCUUUUUAUCGAAACCAGACCAGUGUAAUGCUAGCUCAGUUUGUCGUGCGUGGAAAAGGCCUUUUAAUGAAGAGUUCUGGAGAUGGACUGAUAUUGGAUAUGAGCCUGGUUUUGACCGAUCGUGUUGUCUUUUAUUGGAUAUACUUGGAAAUGGCUCAAAUUAUGGACAAAUGGUACGAUCACUCAGCCUGGCAGAAGACAUUGAAAUACACUGUGAUAUAUUAUGGCAGUUACAAACCUAUUUAACUGGACUCACAUAUAUAUCCUUGCCUGAAGCGAGUCUGACUACCUCUUGUUUUCACCACCUUAAUCGUUGGCUUACAUGGAGCACAACUUUGACACGUCUCCGAUUUUGUAUACAUGGAAUGGGUGUAGGAGUAUCAGAUUUCCUGGAUUUGCUAGAAUACUUGCCUCGGCUACAAUGGCUUGAAUACACGCCAGAAAGAGCUACACAUUCGUUGUUUAGACUGGAAGAUGUCGAGACCAUCCAUACACACUUGAAAAAUCUCGAUACACUUAUUCUGGGCACCGAGUUGAGUUGUCUGUCUCCUCAGAAUCUUGAGCUACUUAGUACAGUCCAGCCAGCCGUAGCUAUGACUUUUGUGAAAUUUUCAGUAAACCCAGUGGAUUUAAGAUGGCUUUAUUAUUGGGCUAUCAAAUAUCCUCGUUUACGUACGCUUGAGUGGAUAACCCGUCACGACUUUGACCCAGUGUACAUGUUCAGAGAUGAAACACUUUUGCUAUUUAGUCAGCAAGACUCUCCAUUUGAAUACCUCCGAAAUCUACGGCUUCUCGGUGGAAUUUACUCGCGUAUACUUGACAAGACUUUGAUAGAUUUGCUUUGUAACUUUAAAAUUGCGUUAAAAAAUAUCAAAUAUGAGACCCAGGUUGGGCGCAACGAUGCUCAGCCAACUCUUCAACUUAUUGAAGAUAUAAUGCGAUCAUCAUCAAAUACAAUCGAAGAUUUUAGCUUAAGUCUCCAACAUCCAAUUGCUAAUCCACGCACAGUACCCAUGACUUUCAGCGUAUGUCCUCAUCUAGUUAAUCUCAAGAUAUGUGGGUGGACGACACACCUCGGACUGGAUCUUCUACUGGAUUAUUGUGUUGCUGUCAAGAGACUUGAUAUUACUGUUGAUACUCUUUCCAUUGAUUCGGAAUCGUCUCUCGCUUUCUUUCAGUCUGUUCAUAGUAUGACAUAUUUUCGUUUGAUUGCAAAUUCGGUGCAUGCUUCUGUGUUUAAUUACUUAUCUAAACGCUGUAAGAAUCUUCAGCACAUGGAACUGCUAAACGUGGACAUUGUGGGCCCUCAGUCAGUGGAAAAUGGAAGUAUGUUGAUCGACAUGUCUUUCACUCACUUCAAGACCCUCCGACUCAACUGCACUAAUUUUCAUGGACAUACAAUUGAUCUCGAUACACCAAAUACUCUCAUAAAUAUUUUGAAUGUUCAGGGCGUAUCCGAAACUAGACAUAAUUGGUAUCAUAUUCACAGUAAUCCUAGUAACUAUAAGUAUACGAUAGGAGAUAGACAUCGCCAUCUACGCUUUACUAGAAAUCUGGGUCAAAAACAUUGCAAACUCGCUUCUACCUACUUUAAUUCGCGCUAUCGAUUAAUGCGAGAAGAGGCUAUACAAAGAAAUGGCCGUAUCGAGUUUGAAACAAAAUACGUGGAUAAGAACAAUUGGAAAAUAGACCUUUUAAGAGGGUUUACUGUAUUAAGUUGUGCCUCGAUAGACCAGUUCGUAUGGGAAUGUACAGUUCCAACCUUUCCAUUCCGAUGUUGA